GUGCCUAAAAAGCAAGAUGGCGGCGAAAAUGAGUGGAAGGGAUCUGAAGAAAUUUGCCGAAUUUGGUCGAAAAAUCGUCGGCGUUGGACGAAAUUAUCGGUUUGUUUAAGCAAGCGUUUGCAUCACAUUUAGCAUAUUACAUGGCGCCAUUUUUUUUUAAUAAUAGCUUUAUUCAUCCAUCUUAAGAUAAAAAAGUACAAUGGACUUACAAUUACUUGUUUAAGAAAGUAUAUAUGCUGCGGAUAUGUCUUUAUAUUACAAAUUGUUGUAAGAUAAUUUAGAAAAAUAACUAAGAAGUUAAAACUAAUAAAUUCUUUAAUCUAAUAAGUUCUUCUAAUAAGUUAAAACUAUUUAUACAUAUUUACAAGCUCUACCUGAAAAUGAAUGUUUAUGCCUUUCAGUUCCUGAGAAGAAUGAUAUAUUGCGAUUCCGGUCAAUGUUCCUUAAAUUGUACUGAUUGUUAAUUAAUUUUGGCAAAACACUGCGACAGGGAUGGUGUGGAUCGUUCAUAAACCUAUCAACUUCUCGACUAGUUGCCUCUUCCCUUCUUUCGUUCAGCGGUGGUAGGUAAUCUUUUUCCAGGCCAAGGAUUCUUAAGCUCCUGGAUUGAACCCGCUCUAUUUCAUCUCGCAGGUAAUUAGGAAGUCCCGCCCAGACAGGUGAUGCAUACUCGAGAAUUGGUCUUAUUUUGGAUUGAUAGGUAAUAAUACCGACUUCAGCUGGUAACUGCGAUUUCCUGCAUUCUCUAAGAUGGUAAAGGCGUUUAUUUGCUUUACGUGUAAUCUCUUCAACAUGUGCGUUCCAUUUUAGAUUAUUUUGGAACGACACGCGCGCCAAGUAAUUUAAAAGCGUUGACCCUUUCUAUUAACUCAUUUCCAAUACGAAGACGUGGUGGUUCAGAUAUAGCGUCCGUGAAAGAGAUCCACAUGUCCUUAGUUUUUUUAGCAUUAAUUGCCAUUUUAUUUAACACCGCCCAGUUAUUUACUUCAUUGAUAGAUUGUUGUAAAUUACUAUUAGAAUCUACGCUCACUAUUUGGUGUUGUGUGCAGUCAUCUGCAUACUUAUUCGUACUGACUUUUAGUUGUUCUGGUAAGGCGUCCUCCAAAUCAUCAAUGUAGGUAUUAAAAAGAAUGGGAGAUAUUACAGAGCCUUGCGGGGCUCCGGCCGGGCAUGUUGCAAUGGAUGAUAAGGUACCAUUGAGAUUUACUUGUUGAACUCUUCCGGAAAGGAAACUUUUAAUCCAUAACCAGAAGGGUUUAUUUAUGUUCAUAGCUGCUAAUUUGUUCAAAAGAAUAUUGUGAUCCACAAGGUCGAAGGCCUUACGAAAGUCAAUGAAGGCCGCAUGAACCCCCAUUUUGCCUGUUUUUGAACAAUCAGUGGCAUUAAACCAGGUUUGGGUAGUUGAUAUUAACGCAGAGACUGUGCUUCGAUGUUGAGUAAACGCGUGCUGGUUAUUCUUAAUUUUCAGGUCUUCAAUAUUUAACUGGAGCUGGAUCUUUUCCAGGAUCUUGGCAAGAUGGGGUAAGACUGAUAUCUGGCGGAAAUCAUUGUUAAUGUCUCUCGGCGGUUGCACUUUAGGAACAGGGGAAAUUAGGGCAUGUUUGUAGAGUGAUGGAUAACAACAUUGACUUAUACUACAGCACACAAUGUCAUAAACCACAGGAGCUAGGUCUUCGUGGUAUUGUUUGAGCAUCCAUGCAGGAACCUUAUCGAUGCCAGUUGCUUUUCUUGGAUUAAGAUGUUUUAAGACCGCUUUAACUUGGCCAAUAGAAGGAAGGGGUGGUUUGUUAUUCUUAUGUGGGUGGUUCACUUCAGGUAUUUCAAAGGCGACAUUCGUGUAACGGUCCGACCAUGGUUUAGUGAAGGCUUUCUGAAGUUUUUCAGCUAAGUCGGAUAAGUCUAGGUUUUCGGGCCCGUGUGGAAAUUGGGUGUGGGUUGUGUUUUCGGCAUUUACUAAAGAGUAGAUACAGUUAUACCACUUCGAUUGAUUCGAGGUACGAAAUUCUGAGGCCUUGGACCGAUAGUAGGUGGCUUUAGCUUUAGCUAUAAGAUUUGCCACUUUCUCGCAUAGUUGUUUGUAUCUUGGCUGAUCACCACGAGAAAAGGCCUUCUGACGAGCUUUGAUUUGCAUUUUAAUAUUACCGGUGAUCCACGGUUUAUCAGAGUGAUGUACUCUGAUGGUUUUUUCAGGUAAGAACUCGUCAAGCAUCUUGAUUAUAAUGGAGUUAUAAGCUGAUACUUUCUCAUCCACAUCCAGUGCUGAAUAUACAGUAGUCCAAUCUUCAGAAGCUAUAUUCAGGGAGAGGUCAUUUAAAUUUGCUCGUUUCAUCAAUCUAAUUGUUUUUGACGUAACCGGAGUUUUCUGUCUUUUAAUGGGCUUGAUUAGAAGACAUUGGUGGUCGGAGCGUCCGAUUGGGGGGAGAUGGCUAACAGUGUCAAAGAGAGGGAGCAUAUUUGUAAGGAUUUGAUCAAGAAUGUUGUGUCCUCUAGUCGGUUUAGUUACGGAUCUUUUUAAAUUAAAUCUGUUACAUAGUUCUCUUAAUUUUAGUUGAUUGAAGUCCCCAGCUAUAACAAUUCCAGAUGAAGGACGUUCGCGCAAGAGACUAUCUAUACAAGUAGUUAAGUAUUCAUUCAUAUCGAUUGCUUGUUCGGCGGAUUGACCAGGAGGGUAGUACACAACAGCAGCAACGAUUGUACUGUAAGGUCUAGGGGUUCUUGGGGGUUUUAACAACAACCAUAUCACUUCUUUGUUUUCUUCUUCGAGGUGAGUCAUACGCUCUGCUGGUAAACAAUUAUUCACGUAGGCGAUCACUCCACCGCCAGGAGACUUUCUAUCGCGACGAAAUAUGUUGUAUUUAUUACCGAUCUUAACCGAGGAAUCACCGAUAUCAUCACUUAGCCAAGAUUCAGUUAUCAUUACCACGGAUGGGUCAUAGAUCGAUACAACAGCAGCUAAUUCGUCUACCUUAUUUGUUAUAUGGCAUACAUUUGACAAGAGGAAGGACGGGACUGAGAACUUUCCAAUGGUGGGGUUUGUAUUAGUCUUAAUGUUAAUUAAAUUAUUAAAAUUUACACUUCUCUGAGAUGUAUAAUUAUCACUUGUCCGUUGGAUUGCGCCUAAACGAGGGUUCCAAACUGGUCCAAGGUGCGGUUGACCAGCUGUAGGUAAGCUUCCCAGGACUCCGUUUCUCCAAGCUGUAACUCUGACUUUGAUUGGAAAGGAUUCACUUUGUAUGCCGGGUUGAUUUGACUUGCUCUUGUAUCUGUAUUGUCUGCUGUUGUUCUUGGUUUCGGAAUCCACCGAUAGCGACCGCUUCGAAAAAUCUUUGAGGGAAAAUUUGCUUGACGAUAUUGAUGUUUAGGCUCGGAAAACUGAUUGCGCCGGUAAUUAGGUUUCGAGAAAUGCGUUCUGUUAGUUGAGGAAUUAUGCAUUGGAUUCCUCCUAUGACGAUCCAUGUUGGCGUUUAAGGCGGCCUGAUUGCGCCGGUAAUUAGGUUUCGAGAAAUGCGUUCUGUUAGUUGGAGAAUUAUGCACUUGAUUCCUCUUAUGACGAUGCAUGUUGGCGUUUAAGGCGGCCUUUUCUUUUAGGAGAUGGUCGAAUGAGGUCAGGGAGUCUUGGACGACUGGUUUAUUGGGAUUUCUAUAUUUCAUAAGAGAGUCAUUAACAACUGGCCCUCGGGUAUUAUAUUGUUUCUCUUUGUAUGUCGCAGAUGGUAAAUUAUUCAUAUUAGUGUUUACGUUAACUUCAGAUUCUUCUAUAUCAAUUAGUAUAACAGAGUCAUUGUCAGUGAUGGUUGGUUGAUUAUUCAUAUUAUCGAUAGCAAUGUUAAUUGGCGAUUUUGACAAUUCCAUGCCGUGCAGUGUUUCCUUGAGUAAUUUAAUUUCUUGUUUCAAUAGCUGAUUUUCGUUUCGUAGCCGAUUGCACUCACAUGUAGCGGGAGCUUCAGCAGUAUUAACUUUUAGGAAUAAUAAUGCCAAGUCCAAUUUAAUUUCUGCUACUUCUACAGAUAAUUUACUACAGUCUUUGCAAUUCAUUAUAUAAUCGCCUUCGUUCUGCUUGUGUGAACACAUUUCUUGCUCAUUUGCUUUUCCUUCGCUAGCAUCCGAGUCGCUUCGGUUGAUAGUUGUUGUUGUAUUACUAGAUCUGUCAAACAUGUUCGAGUUAGAAUUGUUAAUACUGAGACUACACUGAUUAUCGAUAGAUUCAUUCCGUCUUUCGGAAACAGCAGGGGUAGCAAUGAUUAGCUCGGCAUCUUUCACUAUUGCAAUUCGCGAUGCAUCGAUAUUUUUCUUCAAAGAGUCAGCCACUUCGCUGCCACGAGGACCUUUCACGCUCAAGUUUUGUAUUUUCUUUUCGUACAAGUUCCUUUUUUCUUCUAACUCGGAUAUUUUAUUGUUGCUCGUCUCCAACUCCUGUUUGAUUGAACCAAUUUCUCGAUGAUUACUUUCCAGUUUACCUUUCAGUUCUUCUAUAAAAGCUUCCCUGGCUUUAACAAGGUCUUCAAAAUUUCUUUGGGAAACCAAAAAUUUGUCCUGAAGGUCAUUCAUCGUGUUUAAAAGGUGGAAAUAUUUCCGUUGGUAGUCUUCUUCAAUCACCGUUGUUUCACUUGUAACAUUGAUAGAACGAACCACCACUUUCCCUGACAGUUUGUAUGCUAAUGUUUUCAUUCCUUGGCGAUGUUAAAACUUUACAUGUAGUUGUUGUGUUUAUCACAUCUUGAACCAUAUUCUGCACUUGUCUUUCACUGCAUUCAGGUUCUUGAAAACUUUCGUUCGACGUUGUUUCAGACUUCACUGCCAGUAAAGGCUGUGUUACAUUCGUCUCUUCUUGAACUAUACUCUGUAAAUCUGUUCUUACAACUUUUCUCACUUGUGAACGUGGAGCUUUCCUCCGCGAUUUGCUCACGUCAGGUGAAGGGGAGUGCCCUUCUUCAGGUGCGAUAUUUUCAUCAUGGUUGACCACUGGCAAUGUAUUUUUUGAUGCCAUAGCUGCAUUACGAUGUAAAUCCUCAUUCUCCAGUGACUCCUUGGAAAAUUCAUGAUCUAGUUUUCUUUUCUUAGUCUUUUUCCCCUCUUUUGGAGCUACUGGUGUCUCUUCUUCAAUACAGCCUCGCCUUUUAGAUGAAUUAUUAUGUCUUGUCAGGAUUGGCAUAUUCUUAUUAAUGUAAUGUAAAUGUAAAUCUUAUUAUGUAAUGACCGAAAUGUUCUUUUGUCAGUUUUCAUUGUUUUGAUAAUCCCACUUCCGGGUUCCGAACCUAGGCUAGUUGUCUACUAUGAACAUGCAACGAUCAUUGCUGACCCAUAUAAGAGCAGUAUGCAAAUUACGGGGGUUGUACCCAUGGUUAAUUUGCAAAACACAAAUGUAAGCUAAAUCCCAUCAUGCCUCUGGGGCAUGAUUUCAAAACAAAUCCUGUGCCGCAUCCGUAGAUUGUCUGGUGGUCAACCCCAAAAUCACAAAGCUAUUCAUUUAGGUAGGGUUCUCCAUGUCAUCAUGUCACUUUUUCUUUUGGCAUAAGCCAGAUGCACGUGGUACAAUUUUGGUAGCCCAAUUUGUGGCUUAAAUGCAUGUGCAGCUUUAUAUUAGCAUUUAUGCAACGAGCCAAUAAUUAUUGCACAUUGCAUUUAUGAAACAAGGGGACCACGGCAUAUAAUGUCAAUAAAUGUUCAUUUAUUAUUUAGCGAUCAUGCAAAAGAAUUGGGAAACAGUGUUCCGGAUACACCAUUGCUGUUUUUAAAACCAUCCACAGCAUACAUCCAUGAAGGACAGAAAAUAAAGGUAGGAUGAGAUAGCUGGGUAGUCUUUCAGUGGAAGAAUCAAUGUGUGGGGGCAGUUCUGUGCAAUUUAAGCUAAGAUCCAUCAAGGGCACAAAAGUAAUCAAAUAAUGUUGAAAUAAUGGGCAGGACAGUAUGAAAAUAGUCUAUAUGAAGUACUUUAUAGUGGCACUGGAGUGAAUAGUUCCCUACUUGGAGGCGGAGUCAGACCAGCUCUGAGUUAAACUAUUGUUUUAUUUAGAUUCCUAGUGGUUGCUCUGAUUUACACCAUGAAGUUGAACUUGGUGUUGUGAUUGGUCAAAAUGGCACAAAUAUCGAGCAAAACCAAGCGAUGGACCAUGUGGCUGGCUAUGUCCUUGCUUUAGACAUGACUGCCAGAGAUUUUCAGCGAGAUGCAUCAAAGAAAGGCCAACCUUGGUUACUGGCAAAAGGAUUUGACACAUCAUGCCCAAUCAGUGAUUUCAUCCCGAAAGAGAAAUUGCCCAAUCCCGAUAAUGUCCGACUUUGGCUCAAGACUGAUGGAGCAAUGAAACAGGAUGGGAAUACCAAGGAUAUGAUAUUUAAGAUACCAUAUUUGAUCAGUUAUAUUAGUAAUAUUGUUACACUCGAAGAAGGCGAUCUUAUAUUAACUGGUACACCUGCUGGUGUGUCUACAGUCACUGCUGGCCAGCAGAUUACUGCAGGAUUGAAUGAAAUAGUGGAGAUGUCAUUCUCUGUCUCAAACUGAACGAUAAAAUUAAAAAUUUAAAAACAAGUUAUUAUAGUUAUAGUUAUUGAAACUUAAACCACUUGAAAAAUGAAUAGAAUAAUAGGGUGAACGUAUAUUGCUGGGACAAUACAAAUUAUAAUCAUACCACCUCAAAAUUUAUACAAUACGCGUGUUAAGUGCACAAACAAAUUUGAUUUGAUAAUAAAAAAUAUAUAGAUGGCUUUGAUCAUUGUGUAAAUAAACUAUUCUGACAAAGUUUGUAAACUCCCUCUAAC